GAGAUCUACUUCCGGGUCUAGAGGCGGUGCAUCUGAGACUAGGCCCAAUGGAAGCCUCUGUGUUGGAAGAGGCGGGGCCAGACCUACGACGCUGACGAGCGGCCGGCGCCGCAGGGGCCGAAAAGAUGGCGGUCCUGGCACCUUUAAUUGCUCUUGUGUAUUCGGUGCCGCGACUUUCACGAUGGCUGGCCCGACCUUACUACCUUCUGUCAGCCUUGCUCUCUGUUGCCUUCCUACUCGUGAGGAAGCUGCCCCCUGUCUGCGACAGUCUCCCCACGCAGCGCGAAGACGGUAACCCGUGUGACUUCGACUGGAGAGAAGUGGAGAUCCUGAUGUUUCUCAGUGCCAUUGUGAUGAUGAAGAACCGCAGGUCCAUCACUGUGGAGCAACAUAUAGGCAACAUCUUCAUGUUUAGUAAAGUGGCCAAUGCAAUUCUUUUCUUCCGCCUGGAUAUUCGCAUGGGCCUGCUUUACAUCACACUCUGCAUAGUGUUCCUGAUGACAUGCAAACCCCCCCUGUACAUGGGCCCUGAGUACAUCAAGUACUUCAAUGAUAAAACCAUUGAUGAAGAGCUGGAGCGGGACAAGAGGGUCACUUGGAUUGUGGAGUUCUUUGCCAAUUGGUCUAAUGACUGCCAAUCAUUUGCCCCUAUCUACGCUGACCUCUCCCUCAAGUACAACUGUACAGGGCUAAAUUUUGGGAAGGUGGACGUUGGACGCUACACUGAUGUUAGUACACGGUACAAAGUGAGCACGUCACCCCUCACCAAGCAGCUCCCUACCCUGAUCCUGUUCCAAGGUGGCAAGGAGGUCAUGCGGCGGCCACAGAUUGACAAGAAAGGACGAGCUGUCUCUUGGACUUUCUCUGAGGAGAAUGUGAUCCGAGAAUUCAACUUGAAUGAGCUGUAUCAACGGGCCAAGAAGCUAUCAAAGGCUGGAGAUAAUAUCCCCGAGGAGCAGCCUGUGGCCCCAGUGCCCACUGCAGUGCCAGAUGAGGAGAGCAAGAAGGACAAAUAGGAUCCCUGCCUUCAGUGCUUCCUCUCCUGUGGAUCCCAGGCGCCUCUGAGGCCCUGCCCUUUCUGUAACCACAAGCCUUGCCUGAGGCCUUGGCCUUUUAUUUAUAUUUUCGUUGUUUGGCUAUGCCUAGGUAGGGCAGGGUAUUGCUUCUGAUUUUUAAGAGGCAUUCAGGGAGAUGACAGGUACCCUCCAGGAAGGCCUCCACUUCUCUGGCCUGCUCCUUUACUGGAGGGAGAGCAAGAUCUUACAUGGUAGGGGGGAAAUGCUUUCCCUCCAAGCUUGGGCCAGUGUUUCAGCUGCUGUGUGCCACUCACAGAUCUCCACCACACUCUGGUUUCAUUAUUCCUUAGUGGCCCUACACAGCCUACUUAGAUUAGGUUAAACCCUAUAUAAAAUGCCGAGAUGCAGAGUUAGUGCUGAGAUUUUUUUUCCCUCAAGGAGCCUUGUUUCUCCAGGCCCUUCUGGCUUGGUCUGUGCCCUGCAUUAAAAAGUAUAAGCCUAACUGUUAUUGGUCCCAAGGAGAAACCUCUAACCAGAGUUUUCUCAUUGAACAUGGUCUUGAAUAACCUCUCUACUUUAUGGAGACUGGGAGGAAGGGAAGUAGACCUUUCAGACUUACUUUGUGUGGUGGGACCUACAGGGUUGGAGUUCUCUUACCCUCCUUGCUACUCCCUAUACCCAGUUGAUCGUUUUCCAUAAUAAAGGGACUGGCAUUUACUUUUGA